AUGCAGAGAAUGCGAAAACUUGGGAGAGAAGGAAAUGAGAAGGGGAUAUCCGCAGUCCGCAGCAUCAUGCCCGCACUAGCAUGCCCCGUACUCACGCACAUUAUCCAGGCAGAUAAUACGACUGAGUUCAUUUACUCAUGCGGCACCAGGAAGCAUGUAAAAUUCCGAAACUCUAUGCACGUACCAGGAGAUGGCAAACUUUCAGAGGAACAGAACAACCAUGGUUUCUCUAGCGUCCAAGUCUCAUCCGAUGAUGUACGGAUAUUUUCGAGCAUGGUGAACUGUAUGGGGUACACCGGACAAGUAUCCGAAUUAGGUCUCGAAGCCGGAGAGGAUGAUAGAUGA